AUGGCCCUCGUUCUCCAAGCUUACACCUUGGCCCAGCAGUAUAUCGCCUCUAUUCUUCGCCCAACCCCGACAAAAUCCACAAUGGGUCUGAAAUUAGGUGUUAUAUCGACAGCCCAUAUUAACCCCGCUGCGAUCAUACGACCCACUGAAACCCAUCCGGACGUAAUCCUCCACGCAAUUGCCUCUCGCGACCUCGAAUCAGCCAAACAAACAGCUCGGAAGUAUCAUUUUAAAAAGGCCUACGGCUCAUACCAGGAUCUUCUGGAUGAUUCCGACAUUGACAUCAUCUACAUUUCGACCCCCAAUGGAAUGCAUUACGAAUGGGCCAGCAAGGCGCUCAGGGCUGGAAAACACGUUCUUUGCGAAAAGCCUUUUACUUCCAAUGCGGAAGAAGCUCAUAGGUUGAUUGAGUUGGCCAAAGAGAAGGGUCUAGUGUGUGAAGAAGCUUUUCACUGGCAAUUCCAUCCUGCCGCGCAUUUGUUCCGAGAGAUUCUCGAUUCAGGUAGAUAUGGUCGUAUUCUGCGAACCAAUGCGGUCAUGACCGCCAGUCCUGGCGUUCCAGAUGGCGAUAUCAGAUGGCAAUUUGAACUUUCUGGUGGUUCAUUGAUGGACAUGACAUAUGCUCUAUCUUUCACCCGCUUCGCGGUCCACGGGUCCAAUCUCAAAGAAAUUCAAUCGGCGGUCGCUAGACCAUACUCCAAGGAUAGACGAGUCGAUGAAGCAAUGCACUCACUCAUUCUCUUUGAGGACCCCCAAGACGGCCAUCUAAUCCAAAGCCGCAUCUACACAGACAUGGCUUGCCAAUGGGCCAUCAAGGGCAUUGUCCCAGGUGUCUGGGAACUACCAUCGAUUGAAGUCGAGACCGACCAAGCCAUCAUCUACUUUUACAACGCUAUGAUGCCGCAUUUAUAUCACUACAUUUCCAUCACAGAUAAAUCCACGGGCAAGACAGAGUACAAGAAACAGUACAAAGGCGGACCAUGCUGGGGCGAGGCUUGGACCACUGGUGGGAAAGGUGGAAAGUCUUAUUGGAGCACGUAUCGGUAUCAACUCGAGGCAUUUACGAAAAAGGUGAGAGGUAAGAAUGUGCCUUAUUGGAUUUCGGGGGAAGAGAGUAUUCUGCAGAUGGAGACUAUUGAUGCCAUUUACAAGGCUGCUGGGCUGCCAGCGAGACCGUCUAGUUCAAAGUCUGAGAAAGCUUGA